GCCCGGGGUAUCCUCGCCAGUACUGGAAAUAAACCAAAAAAAAAAAAAAGGAAGGGUAUUACCAAACUCUAAAAAAUGAAUGUCGGUGGAGGAACCGGCGCCGGCGACGGUGUAUCCUCACCUUCGACCACCGUGUCGCAGUGGUUCUUCACCGUAUCUCAGCGGUACCAGCACCUUCUGGAUAAGUCAACGCCGCAUGUCCGCCACCGCUGGAUCGCCUUCUCGGUGAUAGCUUUGAUCUAUGCCGUACGCGUGUACUUCGUUCAAGGAUUCUACAUCAUCACGUACGGACUAGGAAUCUACAUCCUUCAGCUGCUGAUCGCCUUCCUUUCCCCUCAAGUGGAUCCGGAACUCGCCGAUGGUCCUGGUCCUUCCCUCCCAACCCGCGGUUCCGAUGAGUUUCGCCCUUUCGUUCGUCGCCUCCCUGAGUUCAAAUUCUGGUAUUCGCUAACCAAAGCCUUCUGUAUCGCUUUUGUGCUGACUUUCUUCAGUGCAUUUGAUGUACCUGUAUUUUGGCCAAUUUUGUUAUUCUAUUGGGUUGUACUAUUCAUUUCGACAAUGAAGAGGCAGAUAAUGCACAUGAUCAAAUAUAGAUAUGUCCCCUUCACAUUUGGCAAACAGCGUUACAGUGGGAAGAAAGAAACAGUCAUCGAUGAAGCAGAUGUUUCCAGACCUUGAGGGUUCAUAGUAGAUCAAGGCAUUUUAUGACAAGAUCAUGGAUCUGUUUUGGGUAAACAGAACUAUCCUUUCUCCAUAAAAAGGUUUCUAGAUUGGAACGAGCCACGCCACUGACAUAUAAUCAUCAAUCAACUGUUAGAUUUUAAAACUCUAGCUUUUCUCUUAGAAGCAAUAUGUACGUACUUAUUUUUGUCUUGAUGGGCAAGUAGCUCCUGAAUGUUUAUAUUCAUUUUUGAGCUGCUCCAACCUUGCGUGUACAACUGUUAUUCAAGUUCUGGUAGAUGCUGAGUCUGCAGUGUACUCGUUAUAAAUGUUUAGUGAAAUAUUGAGGAAUCUUAUUCUUCGCUUUCA